GAGACUGCCAAGUUGCGGAAGUGCGCGCUCUGUCUGCAGAGAAUGACACCUUGAAAUGCAUUAGGACCUUGAAGAAACUGGCGUAUUACUUAAUUAUGAGCGCAGCCGGUAUCGACCAAUGACAUGAGUUGGUGUUGGGGCUGUGCUAAUGAAAACGUAUCUGUUCCACUGAACUGACGCCGUUUCGAUUUCAGUAGUUACCAGCGUUAUCCUGAGCGAGACCAAUCAGUAUUUCCAUGCGUCUGGAUUGGUCGGCUGGCGCGUUUCUCGAGUUAUGGGCGCAUUACAGUCAUUAUCUGAUGAACCCGAAUACAGAGAAUUGGCAGAGAAGACGGGCUUUUCCUUCGAGCAAAUUGGAAUCCUGAACAAAAGAUUCAAGCAGUUGAGCCACAAUGAAGACACGCUGAGGAGAGCUGACCUCGACACAAUUCCAGACCUGGCAUGCAAUCCAAUCCGCACCCAAAUUAUAGAGGCCUUCUUUGACAAAAGAAACUUCCAUCAGAAUGGUGACGGGACAGUUGAAGAGAUCAGCUUUGAGGAGUUCCUUGUGGUGAUGUCCCACUUCAGACCUCCAGCACUGAACAUGACAGAGGAACAGAGAGAGAAGGUCAGGAGGGAGAAACUCCGCUUCCUGUUUAACAUGCACGACACAGACAACGAUGGAACAAUCACUCUGGAGGAGUAUCGACAUGUAGUGGAGGAGCUGCUGUCUCGGAGCGGAGCCCUGGGAAAGGAAACGGCUAAAGGAAUAGCAGAUGCUGCCAUGCUGGAGGUAGCCAGUAUUUCCAUGGGUCACAUGGAACCAGAUGAGUUUUACGAGGGGAUCACUUUUGAACAUUUUCUGAAGAUACUGAAAGAUAUCGAGAUCGAGACGAGAAUGAACAUUCGCUUUUUGAAUAUGGACACGACGACCCUGUGCAAGUGAGGAUCUUCCACUUUUUUUUUAUUACUAUAAUGCACAAGCACUCUUCUAUGGUGUUUUUAUUUAGUGGCCAGUUAGGGCAUACUUUACCUUCUCUGACCAACUAUUACAUAGCUCUGUUUAAUAGUUUUGGGUGACGGUUUAAGCUUCUACUAUCUAGUAGCCUCUAAAACACACUUUGUUUUAACAAAUUUAUUGGAUAAAAAAAUAUAUAUAUGUGCAACUAUGCAAAUAUACACAGGUUAGCAGUAGGUAUGUUAUGAAUUUAGCAUGCCUGUAUCUAUCACUCCAUAUUUUAUGCAAGAGUAUUCACAAUGCUCUAAAUGCCAUGAAUCAAUAAUAAUGCAACAAUCCAGUAAUAACAAUGUAAUACGCUAUUAAUAAAGCGAUAGCCAAUUAUGCAGCUCCAUGAUUGAAGUGAAUGCAAUUUACCUCCUAGUAUAUCUAGGGCACUGUGUGGAAUAAGCUAUAAACAUUUGCACGUCUCUUCUAUACCGUCAUGCACACCUAAACUGUUUUGCUGCCACUGCCAUCAGUUUGGAAUCAAAACAGGUUAGAAUUUCCAUGUAUAUUAAAAAGUCACUGACCAAUAGAAACAAAGUACUUAUUUCCAUGUACAUUAAAAAGUCACUGACCAAUAGAAACAAAGUACUUAUUUCCAAAGUUUAACUGACCAGCCUAGCAGUAUAGCAUACUGCACAUUUCCUAUGGCAGAUAGUAGUUUCAAGUAAAAUGUGUGUCAGACUUGUGCAAAUGUUUUAAGAAUCAAGCCCACAUAAACAAGCAUUUGUUGACUGUUAGAAAUGGGAACAAUGAUAUGCAACUUGUCUGUGCUGCCCUCUAAAGACCAAAGAAUGUGAAAUCUAUCUCAUUCCCAUAUUUAAUCAUCUCUAUACCUCCUAUUUUAUUUUUUGAAAUUCAUAAUGUUUUUUACAAUUGUGUGACUUCCAUCAAGAUAAAUAUUUGAUUAUUGUUCUUCAUCUACACUUAAAUGACUAAAUCACAGGAGGUUGGUGGCACCUUAAUUGGGGAGAACGUGCUCGUUCUAAUGACUGGAGUGGAACAGUUGGAAUGGUAUCAAACACAUGGUUUGCAUGUGUUUGAUUCCAUUUUCUCUAUUCCUGCCAUUUAUUAUGAGCCGUUCUCCCCUCAGCAACCUCCUGUGGACUAAAUGGCAUGCAUUCAUUGAAUUAAUUUGGCCUUAAUCAGUUACAGAUAAAAUUCAUUUUAAGUAGGUAAAUACUGCAGCCUGCCGAUUCUUGAUUGCAUCUACAGAUUUGAGCAUGUCUUGGUCUUUGAAUAUCCAUACACACUGUAUAUUUGUACUGUAAAAUACAAUAUUUUCAUUCUGAUUUGGGAUGUUAUUGUAGCAAGGAAUAAUGUAAAGGAUGUGGUCUUCUCUUUUUUAUUGAGAUAACAUUAAAAUAGGAAACCACUCACCAAAAGUGUAUCAUUUUUGAAUGAUUAUGUACUGUAAGAAUUGGAGUGUGUUUAGUUUGCUUUUAAGAAAAUAAUUGUAUUAUCAGACAGCCUUGGAGAGGGAUCUAUAAUGAAACUUGAAUUUGCUUUGAGCUUAAUCAAAUCACGUGGGGGCAGCACAUAGCCUAGGGGUUAGAGGCAUGAGCCAGCAACCGGAGGGUUGCGUGUGUGUGUGUUUCCGCUUUGGAUGUUUUGUUCAUAUGAAAUCCCUAGUUUGAAAUCGACUGUUUAUUUAGUUAGUUGGACCUUGUUUGCAAUUGACCAAUAAAGCGAUUUUAAUCAAAGUGAAUUUAUGUAAUUACCUUCUCAAAAACCUUUAAAGACAUGCUCUGUA